AUGUCUACAGAAGGAAUCGUACGUGGCUAUGAUUUUAUGGAUGCAUCAUCUAUCGAUGAACAUGUUAUAUGUGCUAUUUGUGCACAUCCUUUUAUCGAUCCAGUAGUUACUCCCUGCGAUCAUACAUUUUGCAAAACUUGCAUCAAAUCUUGGUUCGAUAAAAAAUCAGAAUGCUAUUUAUGCCGAAAAGGUGGACUCUCGAUGAAAGCACUUCGUCCAGCUAAUCACUGUAUGAUGAAUAUACUUGAUAAGAUUCUUGUUCGAUGCCUAGCUUGUGAAGACGAAAAUAUUCGACGUGGUGACUUUGCCGAUCACUUGGAAAACCAUUGUCUCUAUCAUCCACAGAAAUGUUCAGCUAGUGAUCUAAAAUGUCCUUGGGUUGGAUUACGAAACCAAGCAAAAUCGCAUCACUCUGCUUGCGUUUUUGAAACGUUGAGACCAGCUUUCGAAGAUAUUCUGACACGACUUCAUACCAUCGAGAAAGAGAACAAGUCGCUUCGAUCUGAAAAUAAUGAUUUAAAAGAAGAACUAAUGACGCUGGAGCGCGAGUACAACGAAUUGGAAGGUGUAAUAAAGAAUAACGAGGAACACGGGCACUCAAGACGCACAGGUAAAAAUGUCUCCAAAUCUAAAAAGUCAUCUGAUUACGCUCCAGAGCUUCGAGACAAACAUCACCAUAUGUUCACUAGCGACGAUGAUAAAGACGAGACAACACGCAACAUAAACACUCAUUUGCCAGCUACGCAUGAGGGAAACGCCAAUGCGUCACAUAAACAUUCUUAA